AUGGGGAAAUCAAUCUCCCAGCACCUGCUGCCUGAAUAUGAAGUCAUCCACUUCAUGCUGUCAUAUGAGGCUGCAGAGGCUGAGCUCCCGUAUCUGCUUGCAGGUCGCGAGCCUCAGUCUCAAAGCCCUAAUGAGAUCGGAACCCACGAUUACAGCCGGCCUCCUCGCGCGGUAAUCUUCGGUCGCGGCUAUGGGCCUCAGCAGGUUGAAGAGCUUAAGAAGAAAUUCGCGGGUAUUGCUAAAGAACCUGUUGCUUGGGUGAGGGGAACCCAGCGGAUUUGCCUACCGGGGCCGCCGGGCCUGACUAUGCUCAGAUCAUCACGGCGGAUAUGA